UUAAAAAGGAGUUGUAUGCAGUUUGUUCUGGUGUUGAAAAAUACCAUCAAUUCAUUUAUGGUUAUAAAGUAACUAUACAAACUGAUCACAAGCCCCUAAUUUCGAUUGCAAAAAAGGACAUAAAUAAGGUAAGUUCUAGGUUGCAAAGAAUGCUAUUAAAAUUAUUAAAAUAUGACUUGACUUUUGAAUAUGUUCCGGGGCCAAAAAUGUUUAUGGCAGAUUUUCUCUCAAGAAAUUUUUUAAAAAACACAGCUUGUGAAGAUAAAACCUUGUUAGAAGUAGUCCACUGUAUGAGUGUUGACUCACACAUUAGUGAUAAUCGCUUAGCUCAAAUAAAGUUAGAAACAGCCAAGGACAAAAAUCUUAAAACAUUUCUAGACUGGUACAGUGUUGGUUUUCCUAAAAAUAAUACAAAUAUAGAGAGUCAUGAACUUAAAAACCUAUAUAAACUAAGAGAUAACAUUACGAUCCAACAUGGUAUUCUUUAUUUAGGUUUAAAAGUAAUAGUCCCAAAAAGCUUAAGAAGGGAAAUGCUAGACAUCAUACACACUGGCCAUUAUGGCAUUAACAAAUCUAAAAAUAGAGCACGAUCUGUACUAUAUUGGCCGGGCAUGAGUAAUGAUAUUGUUAAGGUGGUACAAAGUUGUUCCAUUUGUGAAAAAUUUAACAUAUCAAAUUCAAAGGAACCUUUAAUACCCCAUCAAGUCCCAGACCUGCCCUUCAAUAAAGUAGGGGUUGAUUUAUUUCAAUUUGGCAAUAAAGACUAUUUAGUCCUAGUAGAUUAUUAUAGCAGAUGGCUAGAAAUAAAGGAAUUACGAAACAAAACUUCAGAAAGUGUAAUUAGUGUUUUAAAAGAAAUUUUUUCACUGUUCGGAAUACCAUCUGUUAUGAUAUCUGACAAUAUGCCAUUUAGUAGUUAUAGGCUUAAGGUAUUUGCUAAGGAGUGGGGGAUAAAUAUAAUAACAUCAAGUCCAAUGUAUCCUAAAUCCAAUGGGUUAGCGGAAAAGGGAGUGGGUAUAGCCAAGAGACUGAUGAAGAAAUGUGCUGAAAAUAAUGAAGAUGUAAACUUGGCUUUACUCGCUUAUCGUAACACACCUAUCACGGGUAUGAAUUAUUCACCUUCCCAAAUGCUAAUGUCACGUGUGUUGCGCGAUAAAUUACCAUGUAACACAAAGCUUCUAAAGCCUAAACUUUGUACAAAUGUCAGUAAGCAAAUACUAGCGUCUAAAGCUAAUUCUAAACUAAGUUAUGAUCAGACUGCAAUUUCUAGAAAAAAAUUUGAAACAGGCAACAAUGUCUUAGUUCAAGACGGUAGAUCUAAGUUAUGGUCGCCUGCCAAAAUUGUUCAACCUUGUCAGGUUCCUAGGUCUUAUGUAAUACAAAAGUCUGAUGGUCGGUUUUUGAGAAGAAACACUUUUCAGUUAAGAAAAUCGCACAAUGAUGUUGUAGUUAAUCCUAAGUGUGAUGUUCCUCUUUUAGAAGGUAUACCCAGGCCAAGUUUGCCUGUUAGUAACAUUCACAAUAAUAUUGCUAAGACUGUUCAACCUAGCAAUAAUGAAACAGGAUCUCCUCCUACAAAUAAGUUUGGACGAACUAUUAGAAAACCUGCCUAUCUGAAGGACUAUUGCACUUAAAUUAAGUAUUAUAUUUUUAGUUUUAUAUGUUUCUAUAUUUUUGGAAAAAGGGAGAUGUUGUAAUGUUAAGAUGACAUCUGGCAACAGUGUCUAUGGACGGUUGUCAGCGGUCACGGGGCAUGGCAUCGCCCUUGGACGGGAGGGGGGUUCGAUGUUCGAUGUGGAACAAUAACAAUGUUU